AUGAAACCGGUCCAGUUGCCGGACGCCUCGUCAGGUUUUCUCGAGGUGCCCGAUGUUGUCGGGCAGCGGCGGUUUAGACAGCUGCUAAGCGUCGGCGAUGGGGAAGGUGGGGAGAGCGGGGAGGGUAGGGAGAUCGGGGAGGGCAGGGAGGGCGGAGAGGGCGGAGAGGGCGGGGAGGGCGGGGAGGAGAAGGGCGGGGAGGGCGGGGCUGUGUUGGAAGGAGGGGCAGGGUUCUUGGAGCAGCAGGCAGCGGAUCAGCGGCGCCAGGAGCAGCUGCAACAGCGGGAGCAGGAAGGAUCUAGUUCUGUGCUUGAAAUGGUGGCCUGCGCGGGGGUGGCGCACACGCGCACCAGCCUCGCGUGCCAGCUGUCCGUCGCGCGCGCGCUCCGUCGCACGCUGCUCGUGGACGCGUCCCAAUGCACCGCGCCCGAGCACGUGCGCGCCGCCGGCACGCGCCGGCACGUGCAGCCUCUGUUCGCGUACUUCGACCUGGCGCGCGUGAGCCUUGCGCCCAUGGCUCCGCUGCAGCGGUUCGCACAGGAAAGCGCAGGGUGGGGGGCGCGGAACGGGGAAGGGGCGCGGGGAGGGGAAGGAGAGCAGAUAGAGAAUGGGGAGAGUGGGGAGCAUGGCGAGUGGGAACGAACGAGUGAGAUGGGGGAGGAGAUGAACGGGCAGGCGGAGCGCCGAACGGCUGCAAUAGCUCCGGAAUCCGCAACCCUGGAGGACCUGCUUCGGCUAUCCGAACCUGUGUUGCUGGUUCGGCAGGCAGCCACGGGAUUUGCGGACUGCGAAGACCCCAGGAACAGCGGCCGGGUGGCUUCUGAUUGGUCGGCCGUAGAGUACCGGCAGGAGCUGUGGGCGGUAGUGGGGCAGAUUAUAGCGAGUAUGGAUGGAGGGGACUACGAUGCUGUGCAUGUGAGGCGGGGGGAUAAGGCGAGGGAUACAAGUCGCUGGCCCAACCUUGCUCGAGACACCUCUGUUGAAGCCCUAGCAAAGAAGCUUCCCCAGCUCAUCCCCCGCGGGCGGUCAGUGUAUAUCGCGAGUGACGAGGCCCCCUCCUUCUUUGAUCCACUGCGAGCGGGUCAAGGCGGGCCAGGGAAAGUAGGAGGGCGAGAAGGGCAAGGGGAGGCAGACGAACAAGCAGGGCAAGGGGAGCAAGGGGGCGCGGGGGAGGGAGAGAGGGGAAAGGGCGGAGGGGGACUGUACCGAGUGCAUAUGCUGGGGGACUAUGCACACCUGUGGGGGGAGGGCAGCGACUGGUGGAGGGCGCAACUGGCGCUCAUGGAGGGCCAAUGGGAGGUGGCAUUCGAUACCUACAUGGAGGUGAGGGCAUGCCAAACUGACGCCAGAAUGCUCCAAGCAGUCCCCGCCAUUCCCGCCGACCCCGCCAUCCCCCCCGACCUCGCCAACCCCGCCGACCCCGCAAACCCUGACAUCACCACCAACCCCGUCACUAUCACCGAUCCCGUCCCCGACUUCGAGCCGCAAACCGCGGAACCUUCCGACAUUCCCGGAGCUCCCACUCCCUCCGGGAAACUCGCCGGCACCGCCGCCGCGCCGAACCCGAAAGCGAGAGGUCCCGCAGGCCACAAGGUCACUGCUGCCACUCCCAAGGAGAAGGGCAAUGCUCCAACCCCCAAGGGCAAGGCUCCCGGCGGAAAGGCUGCCCCCGGCGGAAAGCAGCCCCCCGGCGGAAAGCAGGCGCCGGGCGGAAAGCAGGCUCCAGGCGGAAAGCAGGGGCCGGGCGGAAAGCAGGCGGCAGGCGGAAAGCAGCAGGGCGCAGGCGGCGCAGGCGCAAUCCGCGGACCGAAGGCGCAUCCCGCCCCCAGCCCCGCCCCAAGCCCUGCUGCUGGCCCCAGCUCCGCGGAAAACAAGAAGAAGCCGGUGGGUCAGGAGGUGGGGAAGGUGGGAACCGUCCUCCGCGGAUCGUCCGUCAUCACCGCAGCCGGCGGCGACGAGAACGCGACGGGCAACGCUAUCCUGACCGUCUAUAAGAGCGGCGCGAAGAUGAACGUCAGGUAUAUCCUGUCCGUACGGCGCGUUUCUGCGGCCCAGCUGCCGAUGGGUGCGACGAUUAACAGCGGCGGAAGCAACGCGACUGGGCCGAUGGUGGUCGAUUUCGCCGGAGCCGACUGGGUGAACACGACGGGCGUCGUUCGCACGCAAGCUGGCGACGUCGUUCUCGCGUCGUCCGUCGCAGAGAACUCGACGGACGCGGCUGUCGCCGAAGCCGCGGGCGACUAUCUCAGCUAUGCGACGACCGGAGUGUGGGAAGACGUCGCCAACACUCGCACGGCCUCUGGCGAAGUCCUUUCCACCGUGAUCGAUAAAAUUCUGGCUGACCCGGGCAGCUUUUACCUGGUUGUGUCAACCCCGAAUUUCAGCGAGGGGGCGGUGCGCGGGCAGUUGCGCAAGGGCACCGGCGCAACUGUGCUUCCGCCCAGCCACCAGCGCCAGUGGGAGCAAAGGGGGAAGAAGAAGGCGGGCAAGGGGGAAAAGGUGAAAUCCCCCCGCAACUAG